AUUAAAGUCCUCGCUGCCGCGCAAGCGCUGUGGGUACGCUAGACGCUGCGCGCGGCCUUUGAUGGCGCGCCACUUUUCGGAGUCAGCGCGCUGGCCGGACGGCCAAGAAACACAAACUCAGGGCCAAAAGAGACUCUAAAAAGAAAAAAGCGAGUGCCACCACCACCGCCACCAAAAAAACACAAGCCAAAAAAGCAAAGAAGAAGAAGAGGGCGCCGCCAAAUGAGUUCGUUCCUAGCAAAUACAAGGACUCCGAGGGCAAGCGCGUGAUAUACUUUAACCCCUACAAUGCCGUGGACAUCAAAGAUAGCGCCGAGUACUGGGAAGUCACCGCGCUGCCGGAAGGGUGCAACACGCCCGACGGCUAUAUUAGGGUGCGCUUCGAGGAGGACGGGUCUGUCUCGCACUACGACCCCGGCUUACUUACGCCCCGUUUUGUAGAGCUGCCUGAAGGAACGCCCGUCGACGUGAGCGGGUAUCCCGUGAACUCCCAGGACUCCCAGGGCUUCUGGGAAAUCGUCGAGUCAAAUCCUGAUGAUCAGGUUUACGUCGUCAACAGGGUCCGCGCCACGAACGACUUGGAAGAAAUGUCGGUCGACUUCAAGAAGGUGCGACAGCGCGUUCGUGUCUUCUCCAAGGUUGACCAUCCGGAGUAUUAUACUAAAAGUUCGGGGCAGCCAAACAGCAAGCACCCGGACUACCUCCACUCCGCCCCAUACCGUCUGCAUAUGUUUGCGAAAAAAAGACGAGAAGCCCAAAUCGCCUCGGGCUCCAUGCCCCCCAAGAAGAGGGACGACGAGGAGGGCUACCUCGAUCAUCCACACACCAAAUACAUGAAGCAACGGCAUGAAGAUAAUAAAGAUCGGAUGAGAGAAUGGAGAGAGAACUACGAACCGUAUUGCUGCUUCUGUGGCAGGGCUUGCAAGGUGUCCGCUUGCAUUUGCGGUGGAAAGGGUACUGGAAAGAAACAGCUAGCCCAAGUUGUCCGGCGGAGCCUCAAUCUCGCAAUAACCGACGCUCUGGGCGGCGACCUCACUGAUGAAAAUUGCAGACUUCUCACGGGCUUCCCUGCGGGUGAGGUCCAGCAAAUCCUGCAAGCAUCCAUCCCUGAUGACGUGAACAUCGAAGAACUACUGGAGAAGAAGUGCAUGCAGCGCCAAUUUCGGCACCCGGUAUGCGUGAUCCACAAGGACCACAUCAAGGCGGUUAGACCCGGCGUCCAUCAUUGCGGGUACGCCAUCGACGCGACGCGACGCUGUACGCCGCGUGUCUACUCGACGCGACACUCACGGUCCACGUUCCACAGGUCGCUCAGUGGCUCCGCGAGCUGCGCCAGAAGCCUGGCUGGAACCGCGACAAGACGCCGAACGACGCUUUGCGGUUUAUCAACCGCAUCGAGAACCUGCAGUAUCUGAUCUGGCGCGCGAACUUGGACAAGGGCUCCGACUACACCGAGGCCAUUCGGAACGACCUGGCUGAGUACGAGAAGUGCUUCUACAGCGCAACCCAGCUCAGAGAAAGCGACGUGUUGAGCCGAAAGUAUUUGCCGUUGUCGAAGGUCUUAAAGAACGUGAAGGCGUGGGCCGCGCGGCGCGGCGGCGCGGGGGCCUGGCAGCCCAUCGGGGUCCUCCCUCCCGGCCGUCUCCCACUCGUCCCGCGAGGUGAACAAGCUUAUGCGGCUGUGAGGUGUUUAGUGUAAGAUUGGUCUUGUACACCCC